UCGGAGUUCCGGCGUGUACACGGUACACGUGAGGACGCUGAUUAAGGCAGUAUCAGUACCAUACUCUAUUUGUUAGCGGUUGCCAGUUAGUUGUUACUUCGUUAGGUUAUGUUUAGAACUUUUUAAAUUAUAAUUAAUAAUUAUAAGUUAUUAAAUAAUAAACAUUCAUGCACGAUGGACGUUCGUUAGUAUGAGAGAUGAGACAGAUCCCUAAUAUUAUACAAUUUGUUAUUAUGAUCUAAGUUAUAAGAUAUAUUAAGAUGUUUAUCGUUAGUGAAUUCGAAGAGGUCGUGAAGGUCCAACCAACUCAUUUAGAAGAUGAUCAAGUGUCCCGAAUUGUCAUACACCUCAAUUCAAUGCUCGCCAAUAAAGUAGUAAUGAACGUCGGCUUAUGUCUUUCGUUGUUCGACAUUUUGGAAAUCGGUGAUUCAAUAAUAUACCCAAGCGAGGGAGCGUAUUUUUCCAAGGUGCGAUUUAGAUUCAUCGUCUUCAGACCAUUUGUUGAAGAAAUACUCAUUGGUAAAGUGAAGAGCUCCAGUUCAGAUGGAGCUGUACUAACAACCGGUUUCUUUGAGGACAUAUUUGUGCCGGCAGCAAACAUGCAAAACCCCAGUCGCUUUGAUGUUAAAGACAAAGUGUGGGUGUGGGAAUAUGACAAUUGUGGCGAUACAGUUGAGUUGCACAUGGACAUUGGUGAAACAGUUAGGUUUCGUGUCGUUUCUGAACAGUUUAUUGAUACGCAUCCAGGAGUAGACAGUGGACUUUUAGAUACUGGUGAGAUAGCAACAUCAAAAUCAAAAUCACCGUAUUCAAUUGUUGGCACAGUAAGAGAACCUGGUUUAGGAGUAAUUGGAUGGUGGACAGAUUUAUAAAUUUUUAAAUGGGUAAUAGAAAUCAAUUGUGUAUUAUAUUUUAAAUUUUAAAUAAAAUAUUAUGUUAUGAAAUCAAA